AUGUACGGGAAGCGCAUCGCCCCCGUUGACUACGCUGCUUACGUACAGGAGUCGCCAACUGCCGCACAACGGUAUCGCGUGCGCAACCGCACGGAGCCGUACAUCAUCUGGCGCUCUACCGAAGAGUCGCCACUGUUCUCCUCCUUCACGCGCGGCGGCUAUGACCCGCUUGCGGGGCUGCGUUGGCUGCGCGGCAGGAACGACUUUGACCGGCAGCUCGCAUCCACGCGACACCACCGCUUUGUGCUGAUGAACCACAAGCUGGAGGAUACGGCGCGCCACUACCUGCUGUGGCGCACAACGCCGGACGCAAGGAGUCGGCCGUCAGUGGUGGAGAGCAUCGCCGCCUUCACGUCGAGUGCAGCCAGUGAUGCGUCGAAGCGGUGCUGCAGCAACCUCGAGGGCCGCGCGGGGUCUGCGCCGCCUUUGCGCGCCGGACGUAUUCUGUCCGGUGCUGCCACAACAGCUCCUCCUGCUCCUGCUCCUGCUGCUGCUGCUGCUGAUGACGAUGAUGUGGUGACGCGGCCGCAAUCCGCGGUGACGUUCUUGGAUAGCAGGGGCUCCAGAAGUGGCAACAACACUGUGCUGUGUGGCACACGCGGCGCCCCUCCGACGCCGCCGGUUUUGUGCGUGCAUAAUGAUUGCCUUGUUGUUCGCAACUCAGUGAAGGCUCCUGCAACCUCGGUGUUGGUGAAUACUGCCGGUCGAACGGCGGGGGGCGACCAUAGCGGCAGCAGAAACAUUUUCAUGCCACAUCCGCCCCCGCAAAAGUCGGGCGAACGCAAGCGUCUUAGUCGGUAUUACGACGAGCGAAUGAUGCGGCUCCUCCGCGGGGGAGCCGUCGUUGUCUGA